AUGACUGAAGAUAUAUUUAUUCUUGAUUGUCACUCAAGCAUCUUUGUUUGGGUAGGGCAGGAGGUUGAUCAGAAACUGAAAACACAAGCGUUAGUUAUUGGGGAGGUAUAUUGCUGUGCUGUCAUGUUUAUUAUUCCAUUUUUCUGCUCAAACUACCGGAAUCGGAAACCUGUUGAUGAUCUGCAGCUGUGUUUGCAAUCCCUGUUAUUCGAAGCCGCCGCCCGGACAGUGAAUCCGAUGACCAGAGCCGUCGGACUUUUCUGGACGGGGAACUGGCACGUGUGUCAAGCUGCUGUAGACACAGUUCUUCGCGGCGGAACACUACCGCUGAUCAGCGAACUUAUUGAUGGAUUUCCGAUGACAUCAAAACUCGGUAAUUCUUCGGAUAACGUUCAGGAUACGGUCAAAGUUCACCAAUCAAAGGUUCAGAAGCGUAGGUUCGAUCUGAAUAUGAAUCAGAGUUUUCCGGCAAGUAAAGGCUCGCCGGAGAAACGACGGCAUAAGUCCGUCGAUGAAUUCGAUCUGAAUAUGUAUUUGUUUUUUUUUUAA